UUAUUGUCACAGAUAAAGAGCCAGCUCACCAGCUCCUGACACAUGCAUCGUGACCAUGAGACACAACUGGACACCAGACCUCAGCUUCUUGUGGGUCCUGCUGUGUGCCCACAUUUUUUUUUUUCUGGUCAGAGCCACACCUGUCUCGCAGACCACCACAGCUGCCACUUUUUUUUUUAGAAGCACAAAGGACCCCUGCCCCUGCCAGCCCCCAGUGUUCCCAGCAGCUAAGCAGUGUCCAGCAUUGGAAGUGACCUGGCCAGAGGUGGAAGUGCCACUGAAUGGAACGCUGACCUUAUCCUGUACGGUUUUUUUUUGCUUCCCCAACUUCAGCAUGCUCUACUGGCUGGGCAAUGGUUCCUUCUUUUUUUUUCUCCCAGGCCAGCUGUGGGAGGGGAGCACCAGCCGGGAACAUGGGAGCACAGGUACGCGGCUGUACAAGGCCUUGGUGCUGGAGCAGCUGACCCCUGCGCUGCACAGCACCAACUUCUCCUGUGUGCUCAUGGACCCCGAACAGGUUGUCCAGCGUCACGUCAUCCUGGCCCAGCUCUGGGUGAGGAGCUUUUUUUUUGGCCUCCAGCAAUAGGAGGAGCUCUUCUUCCAUAUGUGGGGAGGAAAGGGUGGGCUCUGCCAGAGCAGCCUCUAAACUAAUGCCCAGCAUUCCUCAA